AUAAUGAUGGAAAAACACAAGAGCACUUGGGGAUUUCAAAAUCUUCAGCUUUUUGGUUCUAUAAACAAAAAAUUCUUCUACACAAAAACAUGGUGUUCCACCCUCAACAAUCCCAAAACAGAUCACUUGUUUCCUUCUCUAAGCAAUGCCUUCAACUCUAAACACUCUCUUUUUUCUCAUUUCAAUUACCUUCCUUUUCUUCCACCAUCAUUGUUACUCCAUUGAUGAACAAGGCCAAGCUUUGUUAACAUGGAAGAACAGCUUAAACGCCACCGAACCUGCAUUAAAAUCAUGGGAUUCAUCAGACACUACACCAUGCAACUGGUUUGGUGUUCAUUGCAAUUCCAAUGGAGAUGUUGUGGAGAUAAGCUUGAAAUCAAUGGAGUUACAAGGCUCACUGCCUUCAAAUUUCCAAUCUUUGAAAUCCUUGAAGACCCUCAUACUUUCAUCAAACAAUCUCAGUGGUGUGAUUCCUAAAGAGUUUGGUGAUUAUAAUGAACUCAACUUUAUUGAUCUCAGUGGGAAUUUUCUCACUGGUGAAAUCCCAAUGGAAAUUUGUAAGCUGAAGAAAUUGAAGACCUUGGCUAUGUAUAGUAACUAUCUUGGAGGUAAAAUCCCAUCAAUGAUGGGUAAUCUUAGUGGUCUUGUUUAUUUAACGCUUUAUGAUAAUCAACUCAAUGGUGAAAUACCAAAGAGUAUUGGUGAAUUGAAAAUGCUUCAAGUGUUUAGAGUUGGUGGGAAUAAAGAUCUUAAUGGUGAAUUGCCAUUAGAGAUUGGGAACUGCACCAGCUUACUGAUGUUAGGCCUAGCUGAAACUAGCAUUACAGGCAACCUUCCUUCAUCAAUUGGGAUGUUGAAAAGGGUCCAAACUGUAGCUAUUUAUACGUCUUUAUUAUCGGGUUCAAUCCCUGAGGAGAUUAGCAAUUGCAGUGAGCUCCAAAAUCUUUACUUGUAUCAGAAUUCUAUAUCUGGUUCAAUCCCAAGGGGCAUUGGUCAGCUUAACAAGCUUCAGAGUUUACUAUUAUGGCAGAACAGCUUAGUUGGUACUAUCCCCGAUGAGCUCGGUACCUGUUCGGAGCUGACGGUGGUUGAUUUAUCUGAGAAUCUUCUUACAGGUAGCAUACCAAGAAGCAUUGGGAAACUAUUGAAGCUUCAAGAGCUUCAAUUGAGUGUUAACCAGUUAUCAGGUACAAUUCCUUCAGAAAUCUUGAACUGUUCGGAGUUGAUUAAUCUCGAGAUAGAUAAUAAUGCAUUCUCCGGCGAGGUUCCGGUCGAUAUUGGCAAGCUAAAUAGUUUGACUAUAUUCUUUGCUUGGCAAAAUAAGUUGACCGGUAAUGUUCCUGAUAGUCUUUCUCAGUGCAAAGAUCUUCAAGCUAUUGAUUUGUCUUAUAAUAGUCUAUCAGGUUCAAUCCCAAAAGACAUUUUUGGGUUGAAAAAUCUCACCAAGUUACUGCUGCUGGCCAACGAUUUAUCUGGUUUUAUUCCACCGGAAAUCGGAAACUGUACCAAUUUGUAUAGGUUGAGGUUAAACGGUAAUAGACUUGCAGGGACCAUUCCAUCAGAGAUUGGAAACCUGAAGGGCUUGAACUUUGUUGAUUUAAGCGAGAAUCGUUUCGUUGGAGGGAUUCCUCUGUCGAUAUCUGGAUGUCGAAACCUCGAGUUUCUUGACCUCCAUUCGAAUGGACUUGCAGGUUCUUUGCCAGAUACUCUUCCUACAAGCCUACAGUAUGUUGACAUUUCAGACAACAGCCUUACAGGUCAACUGAGUCAUAGUAUUGGGUCCUUGAGUGAAUUGACUAAGCUUAACUUGGGAAAGAAUCGACUUUCGGGUCAAAUUCCAACCGAGAUAUCAUCUUGCAGUAAGCUCCAGUUGGUAAACCUGGGUGACAAUGGUUUCUUUGGUGAAAUCCCAAAGGAACUAGGCCAGAUUCCGGCACUCGAAAUCUCUCUAAACCUUAGUUGGAAUCGGUUUUCGGGCAAAAUCCCAUCCGAGUUCUCUGGUCUUACAAAGCUAGCAAUACUUGACUUGUCCCAUAACAAGUUCUCUGGCAAGUUAGAUGUUCUUACAAGUCUUCAAAACCUUGUUUCACUUAAUGUCUCCUUCAAUGACUUCUCAGGUGAGUUGCCGAAUUCAUCUUUUUUCCGAAAACUCCCAUUAAGUGACCUUGAAUCAAACAAAGGCCUAUAUAUCUCCAAUGGUGUUGUUUCUUCUGGUCUUGAACAUUCGAGGCAUGUUGGACCAGCAGUGAAGCUAGUGAUGUCGAUCCUCAUAAGUGCCAGUGUGAUCCUAGUACUACUUGCUAUCUACGCGUUAAUCCGUGCUCGAUUUCUCAACAAUGGCCUUAUGGAAGAUUAUACUUGGGAAGUGACUCUGUAUCAGAAACUCGACUUCUCGAUCGAUGACAUAGUCCACAACUUGACAUCAUCCAACGUGAUCGGCACUGGGAGCUCCGGGGUUGUAUACAGGGUAACGAUUCCGAACUGCGAAACGUUGGCAGUUAAGAAAAUGUGGUCAUCAGAAGAGUACGGGGCCUUCACUUCUGAAAUCAAGACUCUAGGCUCGAUCAGGCAUAGGAACAUUGUUAGGCUUCUCGGUUGGGGUUCGAACACGAAUUUGAAGCUACUGUUUUACAAUUAUCUGCCGAACGGAAGCUUGAGUUCGCUCAUUCACAGUGGCGGUAAGGGAGGAGCCGAUUGGGAGGCACGUUACGACAUCGUGCUAGGCAUAGCACAUGCCCUCGCGUAUUUGCACCAUGAUUGUGUGCCUUCAAUCUUGCAUGGUGACGUUAAAGCCAUGAAUGUCUUAUUAGGUCCUUGCUAUGAGCCCUACUUGGCUGACUUUGGGUUAGCUAGAGUUUUGAAUAACAAUGGUGAUAAUAAUGAUAAAGUUUCAAAAUCAAGUCCGAGGCCACACUUAGCUGGUUCAUAUGGAUAUAUGGCUCCAGAACACGCAACAAUGCGGCGUAUUACAGAAAAAAGUGAUGUCUACAGUUUUGGUGUCGUUCUAUUAGAGGUGUUAACCGGAAGGCACCCACUAGACCCGACUUUACCAGGUGGUGCACACUUGGUUCAAUGGGUUCGAGAUCAUUUGGCUAGCAAGGGAGACCCGAGUGAAAUCCUAGAACCAAAGCUCAAAGGAAGGGCUGAUCCUGCCAUGCAUGAAAUGUUACAGACAUUAGCUGUAUCGUUCCUUUGUGUUAGCACCCAACCUGAAGAUCGUCCGAUAAUGAAAGAUGUCGUUGCAAUGCUCAAAGAAAUCCGUCAUCUCGAAACAUUAAGGUUCGAAACCGACAUUUCAAAGGGAGCCUUAACACAAUCACCACCAUCCAAAAUAGUGGUUGCGGAUGGAUCAUCGAACUGCUCGUUUACUUUCUCCAAUGAUUCGAUCCAAUUUUAAAGAUGGGGUUUUCGAGUUGCAGCUAUGUUUGUAGAUUGUAAUAAUUAAGUACUUAGCUUUCACCUUAUGUAGAAUAUUAGCAUAUGUAACCAACAGUAAAACCAAAAACCUAUUUGGUUUAAUUUGAAUUCGAUUAUUAGUGUUGGAUUUAAGCAA